AUGGACCAAGCGAAGGAGCUCCUGGAGAUGCCUCGCCAGUUCCUCAAGGAUGGCAGACAAUUUAUCACACGAUGUAGCAAACCGGACCGUCGAGAGUUCUUAAGAAUAAGUCAGGCUGUUGGAAUGGGCUUCUUAAUCAUGGGUGUCAUCGGAUAUGUGGUGAAGUUGAUUCAUAUCCCGGUUAACAACAUCCUAGUGGGCGGCGCAUGA